CCAAGAAUAGUUCAGAUAGAUGUGUGUAAUUUCUAGAGCAGAACCCCGAGAGAAACGAAACGCCCGAUUCCAGAAUGACACUUCGAUGCCACUUCAGCGAGCUCUGUGGGGUGGAAUACGAAGCUCCUAACUAACGCUCAGGAAGUGGAAUUUGUGGUUUAGGGGGCCGAGCUCUGAAGGAGUUGAGAGAGACAGAAAAGUUAAAAAAAAAAAAAGCCAACUCAAGCACCAUUGCUCCUUAAAGGGAGGCUAAAUUUAAAGUCACACAAAUUAGCAGGCUGCCGCGCAUACCCCGUCCGCAGCCCAGCUUUCUUCGGCCCUCCAAAUGGGUCGCCUCCCCGCCGGUCGCCUCCCAGCCGCCGCCCCGCAGGAGAUUCGGGGGUGACGCUCGCCGUCGCCGCCGCCGUGCCCGGCGCUUAGAGAGGGAGUGCGGCCGCGCCGGCCGUGACAGCACCCCACCAUGCCGAGGUCCUUCCUAGUGAAGAGCAAGAAAGCGCACAGCUACCACCAGCCUCGCUCAGCUGACGAGGACUACAGCCUGCGGCUGGAGACGGUGCUAGCCCAGAUCUGUGCAGACCCCUGCAAGAUCCCUGAGGACACGGAGCUGUGCCGCACCGCCCUGCCCGAUGCGGAGCCUUCCCGGGGGCGCUUUUCCCCGGAAUCCCACCUUACCGAGGCUGCCGAUGGCACCUCCGAGUCAGCGCCCAGCUGCGAGGGCAGUGUCUGUGACAGAGUGUCCGAGUUCGAGGAUUUCUGGAGACCUCCCUCGCCCUCCGUCUCGCCAGCCUCGGAGAGAUCUGUGUGUCCAUCCCUAGAUGAAGCACCGCCUUUCUCGGUGCCCUUCAAACCCUACAUGUGGAACAGCCUGGGUGGCUCCGAGCUCAGGCACCUUGUGCAAAGCUACAGGCCCUGCCCGACGCUGGAGCGAACCUCAGCCCUGGGGCUCUUCUGCGACCGAGGCUCGGAGCCCGCCCUCUAUGGUGCCGAGUGUAGCUCUUCCCUGGGACUGUAUGGUGACUUCAGCUCCCCGGGCCCGGGGCUGUUUGAGCGGCCGCCAGCAGCAGCUCCUGGACUCUAUGCUGAAACGCAGCCUGGACUGCAGCAGGAGAAGGGGCCAGGUGGCAUCAAAGUGGAGUCUGACCUUUUGUGCCGCCCACUGCUCAUCAGCACUGGCUCUUACAAGUGUGUCAAGUGCAGCAAGGUCUUCUCUACACCGCAUGGCCUUGAGGUACAUGUGCGCCGCUCACACAGUGGCACGAGGCCCUUUGCCUGUGACAUGUGUGGCAAGACCUUCGGCCAUGCAGUCAGCCUGGAGCAGCACAAGGCCGUGCACUCGCAGGAACGCAGCUUUGAUUGUAAGAUUUGUGGCAAGAGUUUUAAGAGAUCUUCUACUCUCUCCACCCACCUGCUCAUCCACUCAGACACCCGACCCUAUCCGUGCCAGUACUGUGGGAAGCGGUUCCACCAGAAAUCUGAUAUGAAGAAACACACCUUCAUUCACACAGGGGAGAAGCCUCAUAAGUGCCAGGUGUGUGGAAAAGCCUUUAGUCAAAGCUCCAACCUCAUCACCCACAGUCGGAAGCACACAGGCUUCAAGCCCUUUGGCUGUGAUCUGUGUGGCAAAGGCUUCCAACGAAAGGUGGAUUUACGGAGACACCGAGAAACACAGCACGGCCUGAAAUGAGUCCAAACUACAAUACAGAAAGCGCUACAACACUAUGAGAACAGACUCCCUUGGCUUCCCUGCUGGACCCGAGCCCUGUCUUGAACACAGACCCUGGCAUUGCCUUUCUGAACAGGAGCUCAAAGAGGAAAGAAGAGGACAGAGCCAUGUGUUCACAGCUCAACCUAAAUGACAGUGAAGGGGAAAAGUAAAGGCUGGGGUUUCUCUCUUUCUCUUCCCCUCGUUGUUUCUGAAAUAACACUGAAAUACAAGCCUUUUAGAUAUAAAGCCUAAUACUCCAAAGAUGGAUAAGCUAUCACAUAUCUGCAAGCUGGAAAAUAUUUCUCCCAUGGCCAUGAUGAACCCCUUCAAGUUUUCAGUAGCUUGAAUCAGCUGGCAGGAGAAUAUGGGUAUAACAGUGUUUACAUGGGGUAAUGACAGAGAGCCAUCAGCACCUGCCCCGGUUGAGUUCAGUGCUGAAUGGGUUCACUCUUGGAUGACUUCCUGUCAGGAAAACCUGGAGGAUCAGGACUGUGCAGUUUGACAUCUUGCUGGUUUUUAACCAAAGGUACCAGCUUGGGUCUGAUCCUGCUCUCACUUAUUCUGGUGCAAAUCAGGAGCUGCAACAACAGUUACAGAGAGGUCCUUUUCAUCCUCCCUGAGCCAUCUCUCUCUGUGCAAGGCCCGACUGCCGGUGUGUUUGAAGCGAGAAGGGUUACUUCUUCCUACAUCCACUAGGGAGAAGGAAGCUUGUGAAAGACCAGUGGAAAAGCCAAAGCACAGAAUUAUGCCUUAGAACUAGAAACCAAUCCGACAAGUGAACCUGCCUAAGGAGGGUAGGAGCACCAGGGAAGCACAGACUUUCUGUCCAGAACCAUUACUGGCUUCUACACUCUGGGCUUGUUCUAAUAACGAAAAUAGCUACUCUGUAUAUUUGGUUUUGGUUUUUUAAUUUUUAAAGGGAAACUUUCUGAGGUGGGCAGGACUUACUAUAAAAGUAUAAUUUACCUAAUUUGCCUUAACAACUCUGCAUGUACCUCAGUUAAAAAAAAAAAAAAAAAAGCUGUUUUUACUUUGUUGACAAGUUUGUAAAUGUCCUUAUUUAGAUUUUAUGGAGUGUCUUACAUUUCUUGUUACAUAUUUAUUAGAACAAUGUUUUAAGUUAAUAAAGUAUCGAGGAUGGUCCAGA